AUGGCUUUCACCGCUCUCCUCUCUACUAUCGCUCUCGCAACCGUUGCCAGCGCCGCCAUCACCAGGCGCGUCACCUGCGCCGAUGGCAGCAUGACGGCCAACGAGGCAUGCUGCGUGCUCUUUCCCAUUCUCCAGGAUAUUCAGACGAACCUGUUCGACGGCGGCGAGUGCGGCGAAGAAGUCCACGAGUCUCUUCGUCUCACCUUCCACGACGCCAUCGGUAUCUCCAGGGCCAACGCUUCAGUCGGUACUGGCGCGGACGGAUCGUUCAUACUGUUCGAGGACACGGAAACUAACUUUCACGCAAAUCUCGGCACGGACGAGAUCGUGAAUGAGCAGAAGCCCUUCGUCGCCGCCCACCCCGAGAUCUCGGCCGCAGACUUCAUCCAGUUCGCUGGCGCAGUCGGUGUUUCGAACUGCCCUGGUGCACCCCGCUUGCAGUUCCUCCUCGGUCGCAAGGACGCCACCCACCCCGCAGCUGACAAGACCGUCCCGGAGCCGUUCGACACCGUCGACAGCAUUCUAGCGCGUUUCGAUGAUGCCGGAGGCUUCACUCCGGCCGAGGUCGUCGCUCUCCUCGCCUCGCACACCGUCGCAGCAGCCGACCACGUCGACCCGUCCAUCCCCGGCACGCCCUUCGACUCGACGCCCUUUGUCUUUGACACCCAGUUCUUCGUCGAGACGCAACUCCGUGGCACGCUGUUCCCCGGUACCGGUGGCAACCAGGGCGAGGUCGAGUCCCCAUUACGCGGCGAGAUCCGUCUGCAGUCCGACUCUGAGCUUGCACGCGACGAGCGCACGGCAUGCUUCUGGCAGGCGAACGUCAACUCGCAACAGCACAUGAUGAGCUCGUUCGCGGCGGCGAUGGCCAAGCUUGCUGUGCUCGGCCAGGACACCGGCUCGAUGGUGGAUUGCUCGGAUGUCAUUCCCGUGCCCAAGCCGUUCACCGGCUCCGCGACGUUCCCCGCUGGUCUGUCCAACGCCGAUGUUGAGCAGGCCUGCGCUACCUCCGCCUUCCCCACCCUGAAGACCGACCCCGGCCCGGCUACCUCGGUGGCCCCUGUCCCUCCCUCGUAA